GCCCCCCCCCCACUUCCCAAUUGGGCUCGGUUGCGCUCGCUGGUAUCGUUGUAGCUUUUCCCACAGGGCUGGGCAACGUAGUUGCCUUCCUGGUAAUUUAUUUAUUUGCAGUUGUUGCCAGGAAGGAAAGAAGGAAGGAAAGAGAGCGAGCGAGCGCGCAAAGGCGAAGGGGAGGAGGACGAGGAGGCAGGAAACAGACAGAAAUCCCUGCGAGGGCGCCGGGUUGCAAGACUCUGUUCCGAGGAGGAAGCGCUUCAACGCUGAGGGACGCUGAGAUUUGCGUCGCGCCUUUGUAUGUUGAGAAGAAGGUGCUUGUCCUUCUUGUAGGGGGAGGGAGGCUGCCUGGUUUUUUUCUCCCCCCCCCCUCCAUCUUGGUGUUGUUCGAGAGAGGCCCUUCAUCUGCCAGCCUGUGCCUGGCGAUCAGCUGUCACUGGAGGCGCUCCGAGGAAGGGGGCCCGGGCAAGGACAGGAGGUUUCUUUUUUUGAACGUCACUAAUUCCCGACGCAUCUGGAUUUAUACAGACAAGUGGAAUAUCAUGCACUAAAAAAGCAGCAACAGACUUUUAGUUUACUUUUUUUAUUUUGUAAUUUUCUACUUUUUGCUUUUUAAAAAACAAGAGGUUUUUUUUUAUGACAACGCUUUGAAAAACAACUUUUUUUCUUUUUUUAAUUUUGGGAAAUUAAAAAAUUAAGUUGCCCCGUGAAGAUCACCGGAGAAGAUGGGGAGAAAAAAGAUCCAGAUCCAGAGGAUUACAGAUGAGAGGAACCGCCAGGUGACGUUCACCAAGCGGAAGUUUGGGCUGAUGAAGAAAGCCUAUGAACUGAGCGUCCUCUGUGACUGUGAGAUUGCCCUGAUCAUCUUCAACCACUCAAACAAGCUGUUCCAGUAUGCCAGUACUGACAUGGACAAGGUGCUUCUCAAAUACACCGAGUACAACGAACCUCACGAGAGCCGGACCAACGCGGAUAUCAUUGAGACAUUAAGAAAGAAAGGUUUUAACGGUUGUGACAGUCCGGAGCCUGACGGGGAUGAUUCCAUCGACCAGAGCCCUCUGAUGGAGGAUAAAUACCGUAAAGCCAGUGAGGAUCUUGACAUCCUGUUCAAGCGCUACGGUUCUGCGGUUCCGGCUCCAAAUUUUGCCAUGCCCGUUACGGUUCCAGUGACCAACCAGAAUACGCUGCAAUUCAGCAACCCAGGAGGCACCUUAGUGACCCAGUCCCUAGUGACCUCCUCAUUGACUGACCCCCGGCUCCUCUCACCACAACAACCAACCCUCCAGCGAAACACCGUCUCUCCAGGACUCCCACAGAGGCCCGCCAGCGCAGGGGCAAUGCUUGGUGGAGACCUCAACAACACAAAUGGCGCCUGUCCGAGCCCAGUAGGGAAUGGUUACGUCAGUGCCAGAGCUUCCCCGGGUCUCCUUCCUGUGUCCAAUGGCAACAGCCUAGGCAAGGUCAUCCCGGCAAAAUCACCACCGCCACCCUCCCACAGCACCCAGUUGGCCACCAACAACCGCAAACCAGACCUCCGCGUCAUCACCUCUCAGAGUGGAAAGGGUCUCAUGCAUCAUUUGACGGAAGAUCACAUGGAUCUGCAGAACACACAAAGGCUUGUGGUCUCUCAAGCGACCCAUUCUUUGACCACACCAGUUGUUUCGGUGGCAACUCCAAGUCUCCUGACACAGGGCUUGCCCUUCUCAGCAAUGCCCACAGCGUACAACACAGACUAUCAGUUGACCAGCGCAGAUCUUUCAUCCCUCCCAUCAUUCAGCUCACCCACUGGUCUGUCUCUGAGCAAUAUCUCUGCUUGGCAGCAGCAGCCACAGCAGCAGCAGCAGCAGCAGCAGCAACAUCUGGUGCCGGUAUCACUAAGUAACUUAAUACAAGGAAGCCACCUCGCCCAUGCCACCACCUUGACCGUCAACACCAACCCCAACAUCAGCAUCAAGUCGGAGCCAGUUUCUCCCAACCGGGAGCGCAACACUGCCACCCCUCUCUCCUCCUUUCCUCACCAGGCCCGGCACGAGCCUACGGGACGUUCACCUGUCGACAGCCUCAGCAGCAACGCCAGCUCCUAUGAGGGCAACGAGCGGGAAGACCAGUCCCGGGCCGACUUUGGCUCUUCUCUCGGCCUCCUGAGACCCACUGCCGAGGCCGAGGGGGAGAACCCCUCCGUAAAGCGCAUGCGGUUGGACGCUUGGGUGACAUAACUGCUUUCCCCAAUGGCCCAGCGCCCUCCAUCAGAGCUGGUUUCAGCUCUCCUGUCGGGGG